AUGGACUUGCUUGAUCUUGGUACCCGAGGACGUAAAACUCAGCUAGAGUUACCUUCAAAUAUAAACAAGGAUGAAAAUGGAAUGGAAGAUCUCAAUGAUUUCUUUAAUGAUUCUGAUGUUGGCGUCACCUCCAACAGAGGGAUCAGUCGGGUUAGAGAACCACCUUCUACUUCAACAUCAAGGAAACUAUACCAGGAAACACUGUUGGGCUCAAGAAAGGAGUUCACUGAUGUUGCGCGAAAGAUAGAUUUCACCAAUAUUUCCCCGGCUAUACAAAUGAUUGGACCUACUAAAACUGGGGAUAAAUCUACAACAGCAACCGGGACUACCGGUGGCAAUGUCAAAAAUAAGAAAUCUCCAUUGAGAAGUCCAUUACACGAACAUCAAGGAGCUGCCUUGUUUACUAGAAGUGACAGCGAUUCUGAUAGAUUUGAACAAGAUCCGGCUCAAUUUGAUCAAGAUAUGGAUCUGUUUGAGCAAGAUCCCACACAAUUCGAUGUGGAAGAGGAAGAAGAGCAGCAGCAGGAAAUAGAAGUACGUAAACGUCCUCGUCAAUCAAAAGGUGCAUCGAGAUUGACCAAAAAUAUGGCUCUUGGUAAAUCCAGUAAACGAAAGAUGCAAGUGGAAAGUGAGAGUGACGAUGCCGAAGAUUCGUACAUCCUCGAUGACACUACACAAUCAGAUAGAUUGCUAUCACCACCACCUACAUUAAAGAAACCAGCGAGACAAGCAUCCAAACCAAGAACCAAACCCGUUCAGAAACCACUAAUAACUAAACCCAGUCCAUUGCCUUCGCCGCCACCAGAUGGGUUACGUCGACUGAAACGUACUAGAAUUGCCCCAUUGGCAUUCUGGAGAAACGAGCGAAUAAUAUACACCCGCGCGGGCAAUGUGGAUGGAGACACAACCUUGGUUCAAGAUAUCAGGAAAAUCCCCUUACAAGAAAUAAAAGAAGUAGUACAUAUGCCAGAAGUAGCGCCUGUGGAACAAAGAAAGAAACCCAAGCCCAAGAGCAAGUCUCCUAAAACUAGGUCUCCCAAGGAAUACUCGGUUGAUGCGGAUGUCCCUGGAGCUGAAUGGUUUGACGAUAAGUAUUUGACUAUGUCCGUCAAUGAUGAAAACGGUAAUCCCAAGGAGGAGAACAUUGCAUACACUAUAGAUGGAGGAGAGGUUCAAGAUACCGAUGAAAAUAUCAAAGUGACCAAGCUUUUUGAUGUCGACCGAGAUUUUUGUUCUACUGGGGUAAUUGAAAUACCACCCGAAGGUUUAAAAUCAACCAAAUUAACCGGAUCAAGCUUAUUUAUAUUCCACGUGAUACUGGGAUUGAAUCAGGUUACUAUAAAUAAAACCACCUUUUUAGCAAAUAGUGGCUGUUCAUUUCAAAUUCCCUAUAACAACCUGUAUUCAAUUACAAACAUUGGAGAAACCGAUAGUAAACUAUUAUUCAUGCAAGUUAGAAAACCAAUGGUUAUAGAAGAGGAACUUGAUGAUUCUUGGCAGGAUUAG